AUGCAGGGGCAGGGGCAGAUGAUGCAGGGGCAGAUGAUGCAGGGGCAGAUGCAGAUGCAGCAGGGUGCACGGGUGCAGACGUGCCACACCAUCGACCAGGCCCACGCCAACCACCGCGGGGAGCUGAGCGCCGGCCAGCUGCUCAAGUGGAUCGACACCACCGCCUGCCUGGCCGCUGAAAAGCAUGCUGGGGUUUCCUGCGUCACAGCAUCAGUGGAUGACAUACAGUUUGAGGAGACCGCUAGAAUUGGACAGAUCAUAAAUAUCCAAGCGAAGGUUAACAGAGCCUUCAACACAAGUAUGGAGGUCGGCAUUAAAGUUACCGUACAGGAUACUUUCACAGGAACUGAGAAACUUGUUAGUGUGGCUUUUUCUACAUUUGUAGCUAAGCCCGUUGGAGGAGAAAAGGUUAUUUUACAGCCAGUAAAACUUCACACUGGACAAGAUUUUUUGGAGUAUGAUCUUGCGAGUGAACGGAGGAAAGUCCGACUACAGCAUGAAGAUGCCUUCAACAACUUAAUGAAAGAGAAUAUCAAGCUGAAUGGUGCUGAGUGUGACCAAGGGGAGGCUGUGGUUUCAACCAGCCACACCAGUGUCCAGAGCAUUGAACUUGUCCUCCCGCCUCAUGGAAACCACAGUGGAAGCACAUUUGGUGGCCAGAUUAUGGCUUGGAUGGAGACAGUGGCCACCAUUUCAGCAAGACUUCUCUGUCGUUCCCAUCCCAUCCUGAAGUCAGUGGACAUGUUCAAGUUUCGUGGGCCAUCCACUGUCGGAGAUCGUCUGGUCUUCAAUGCCGUUGUUAACAACACAUUUCAGAACUGUGUGGAGGUUGGAGUCCGUGUGGAAGCCUAUAACUGUGAGGAAUGGACCAGGGGCCAAGGGCGGCACAUCAACAGUGCUUUUCUCAUUUAUCACGCGGUCAAUGAAGCGGGAAACUUCAUCACAUUCCCCAGAGUCAAGCCCAUUUCAGAGGAUGAAUUAAGGAGAUACCGUGGAGCUGUUGCUCGAAAGAGGAUACGACUAGGCAGGAAAUAUGUCACCUCUCAUAAAGAAGACAGUCCCCUCUGCGAUCACUGGAAUGCCAAUAACCAGGUGACCCUGAGCCUUUCCAACGUGGAAUCUUUGAAAGACCUGGCAGCCAAAAGUGGUUGGGAAAUAACCAGUGCUGUGGGAAAGGUAAAAAUCCAUACCCUUGAGGAGAGUGAUGUCUUGUCAAUCUGUGUAGAAAAGCAAGUGGAGAAACCAGCAAAUUUAGUUUUCUCCCUCUUGUCCGACUUCACCAAACGGCCCCAGUGGGACCCUCAUUUCUUGUCUUGUGAGAUCAUAAGUAGGGUGAGUGAAGAUGACACAAUAUAUUACAUCACAUGUCCUUCAUCACAUGGUGAUAAGCCUAAAGAUUUGGUGGUACUCGUGUCACUCAGAAAGCCUAGUGAAGACAGUGACAGUUACCUGGUAGCAGUGAGAUCAGUUAUCCUAGCUUCAGCCCCACCUUCUCACCAGUACAUCAGAAGUGAAAUACCAUGUGCAGGAUUCUUGGUAGAAGCUUUGGGCAAUAGCUCAUGCAAGGUAUCUUACUUUAACCAAGUCUCCUCUAGUAUCCUACCUUAUUUUGCUGGAAAUCUUGGCGGCUGGUCAAGAUCCAUCGAGGAAACUGCAGCUUCUUGCAUUCAGUUCUUAGAAGAAACAACUAUCGACGAAUUUGUUACCAGACUUUAAAUAUACAGUGUUAUGUGUUGGGUAAAAUGACACAAGAACUGUACGGUUCUCGUAAUUGUAUGUGAUCAGUUUCAACUUUCUAUUGUGAAAAAAAAAACGUAAAAUGAAGCCCUAUUUCGGCUGCCUAGCUGAUGAAUAGGAUGACACUUUGUUUUAUGUGAAUAGCAGGUAUCUUGCACGUCAAAAGCAUCAGAGAAGAUGUAUUACGUUCUUCCAGCUUGAAAUUAGGAGGACAUUAAAACAUAAUGGAAGACAAUCAAUUCCUGCAAUAGCAACUACUUACUAGUGUCAUUUGACGUGAAGCCAAGGUGGCUGACCAAUUUAAAAUCAAUCACUACGCAUACAUGUAAAGUACCUAUCGAAGGGGAUGUGUCAGAGUCAGAGAACAGGGCCUCAAUUCUCCUUUCAUCAUCAUUACUUUAACACUUCAUCCCUGCUUCGAUAUUUACUCUUCUACUCAAUAAAGCCAAGAAUUGGGCAGCCCCCCCAGAAUAAGGUUUGCUGGAUGAGCCUUCGUUGAAGGGAUCUCCUAGCAGUGAAAAAGCUCUUCCCCUGGAGUUCAGGGCCCUCAGACCAUACAUGCCAGUAGCCCUUUCUUCCCCAGUUAGGUUAACAGUAUAAUGGCUGACCUUCAAGUUUUGUCCUGUCAUAAUUUCUACUGCAGACGUACCCUUCUGUGGCUUACAAAUGGGCUCCAAAUAAUUCUCCCAGAUUCUCAUUUCCCAUAAUUUAAUAUGUGGAGUUAAAAUA